UUUUUGGUCCGGAGUUGUGUGCCCUUGGCAGCCAUUUUAUGCGAUUCAAAGCGGCGAAAGCCAAACGAAUCCUGCAAAAAUGCCUCCAGUAACGAUGAAUUUACCCGCGGAGAAUCAAGGCAAGACGGAGGAGGAGCUUGCUGUGGCAAAACCUGUGAUUGGGAUCAUCUACCCCCCUCCGGAAGUCAGGAACAUUGUAGACAAGACUGCUAGUUUCGUGGCCAGGAAUGGACCCGAGUUUGAGAGCCGUAUUCGUAAAAAUGAGAUGAACAAUGCCAAGUUCAACUUUUUGAACCCCUCGGACCCUUAUCAUGCCUACUAUCAACAUAAAGUGCGAGAGUUCAAAGAGGGAAGGGGACAAGAACCAGUGGCACCAAAGCCGACCCAGGGAGCCCCAUUCUCACAGAAGCCAGCGGAGCAGGCCAAGAUUAUGCAGGAAAUAAUUGUCCCCAAGGAGCCCCCGCCAGAGUUUGAGUUUAUUGCCGACCCUCCAUCCAUUUCUGCAUUUGAUUUGGAUGUGGUGAAAUUGACAGCUCAGUUUGUGGCCAGGAAUGGACGUCAAUUUCUGACCAACUUGAUGAAUCGAGAGCAGCGUAAUUAUCAGUUUGAUUUCUUGCGGCCUCAACACAGCUUGUUCAACUAUUUCACUAAACUGGUGGAGCAAUAUACAAAGAUUCUUAUUCCACCCAAAGACUUGCUGGAUAAAUUACAGAAGGAGUCAUUUGAUUACAAAGAUGUGCUGAAUCAGUCUAAGUACCGAGUGGAAUGGCAGAGGCACCAAGACAGGGAGAAGAGGAAGGAAGAGGAGGCCAUAGAAAGGGAGAGAGUUGCCUAUGCCCAGAUUGACUGGCAUGAUUUUGUGGUCGUGGAGACAGUAGACUUCCAGCCAAAUGAGAGCGGAAACCUCCCCCCUCCCACCACACCGGCUGAGGUCGGAGCAAGGAUGUUGGUACAAGAAAGAAUCCACAGAGGAGAGUUGGAUGCUGAUGAAAUGGAAGUGGAAUCUGAUGAAGAAGACGAGUCUGACGAAGAAGAGAGAGUGACAGUGAAAGCCAUGGAGCAGGCCAAUACACAGAUACAGGAUAUGGAGGAAGCUUCUGAGGAAGAGGAGGAAAUGCCCGUACACAGGAAGGCACCCCACCCCCCACAGCAACCCCCACCCCCACCAGGACCUCCCCCUCCCACGGAUAAUCUCCCACCCCUACCCCCCACCCCAGACCAAGUCAUCAUCAGGAAAAACUACGACCCAAAAGCGCGUGCCAUACAGCCAGAGACUGGUGUGGAGCAGUAUAUGGUGUCACCAAUCACAGGAGAGAAAAUCCCCGCCAGCAAGGUCCAGGAGCACAUGAGGAUCGGUCUGUUGGAUCCAGCCUGGAUCAAGGAGAGACAGAAGGUGGUCAAAGAGAAGCAGGAGCAGGAGGAGGUCUACGCCCCGGGGACCUCCAUCGAGAUGAGUCUGAAGGGCCUGGCCGAGAGACGUACCGAUAUCUUUGGUGUCGGCAUCGAGGAAACUCAGAUCGGUAAAAAGAUUGGAGAGGAGGAAACUAAAGAGCCGAAGAAAGUGGUCUGGGAUGGACACACAGCAUCCAUGGAAAAGGUCACUCAAAAAGCCAGAGAAAACAUCUCCAUUGAGGAACAGAUCAAGACUAUCCACAAAGUCAAAGGAUUCAUGCAAGAUGCAGAGAAAGAGAAGAUUGGCCCUAAUAUUCCUAAGAACCCCCCUCCACCCCCUAAAGCGGCUCCACCACCACCCCCGAUAUCUAAGCAGGCCAAGCCGCCCCCACCCCCUCCCCAGUCUGCUACAGCACAGCUCAACCCAGCCCCCCUGAUGUCUCAGGCCGUCCCCCAGAGACCAGGACUGAUGGUACUGCCUCCCAGACCCCCAAUGCCAAUAGUGCGUAUGCAGCCUCCAAUGCCGGUGGCCUCACAUCAGUUCAUGCCUGGCCCCCCACAACCCCCGGGCUUUCCUCGUCACAUGAUGCCAGCAGGGGCAGCCCCACCCCCAGGAAUCCCCCCGCCCCCUCAGGACGACGAGCCCCCAACAAAGAAACAGAAGACAGAGGACCAGCUGAUUCCAGAGGAAAUCUUCUUGUCCAGAAACAAGGCUCCUGUCACAUUCAAAGUAUCAGUCCCAAAGGUGGAUGACAAACCAGAAUGGAAUCUUAAAGGACAGACUGUGUCCUUCACCUUGCCGCUUACAGACACGAUUUCUGUAAUGAAAGCCAAACUGAAUGAAAGCCUUGGCAUCCCAGCUGGUAAACAGAAACUUCAAUAUGAGGGUAUCUUUGUGAAAGAUUCCAACUCUCUGGCUUACUACAAUGUAGUCCAAGGAGGUACCAUCUCCCUACAGCUAAAGGAGAGAGGAGGGAGAAAGAAGUAAACACUGGAGGAAUAUAAAUAGAGACUGGAUAGAAAUGAGAGGGAUAUAAACAAUGAAAAGUGGAUAUAAACAACAGGGACUGGAUAUAAACAAUGGAUACUGAAUAUAAACAACAGAACAACUUCAUCAUAUUUACACUGAAUUGAACAUAUAAAUUAAAAAAAAAAUCAGAAGGAAUUCUAUGAAUUUUAUAGUUUUAUAAAUUAAUGAGUCUUCUCUGUUAUUUAUAUAGCUAAAACAUUAAAAAAAAGAAUGUGCAUAAAAAUUUGAACAUUUUUUGAAAUGGUAUAGAUGCUUUUAUGCAGUAUGCUGUGUUUCAUUAUUUUCGGUUUCACAAUCAUGGUAAUCAGGAUCAUUUGUCUGAGGUUUUAUUAUUCAUAUAAAUUAUAUUUUACAUCACAAUAAAAUAUGCUUAAAUUGAAUUGCCUGGAAUGCAUUGUUUUGCUUCAUUGUAAAAGUGAUUCAUUGUAUCUGUUUAGGUCAUAAUUAUGUUUUAAAGCUACUAUGAAUAAAAAUCACAAUUAUUAUACUGUAAGAAUCUGUUCAAAAUAAGCCUGAUAAGGCUGUGAGUUGUGUAAUUGUAAAAUGUUAAAUUUUGUGUGAAUUUUUACUAGGUAUUGUGUAAGAUACUGUAGUAAUAUGUUGAAUUUUCCACGUCAUGGAUUUCUGAAGAGACAUGGUCCACUGUAUUUGUAAUUCAUUCUUAUAUCACCAUCGUCUAGAUGUACUUUAAUAUGGUAUGAAAUUUUGGGAGUGUAAGAAGUUCAAAAAAAAAUAUAUAGCUGAAUUCAAAUACAUUAUUCAGAAUCAAAGUAAAUUUUCAGUUCAUGUAAAUUAAUUCUUUGUAAUGGAGCAUUUUCUUUCAAAUAAAAGUAAAAAAAAUUAAA